AUGACCCUCAUCAAGUCUCCACGAUUGAUCUUCGUCUUCGCCACGGUUUGCUUCUUGAGCUUGUCGCUGCUGUUAUAUCAGUACGAUGCACUGCUAGCCCGCUUGAGGAUCGCGAAUGUCUUGACCACAGAUGCUGGCACACCUCGUGGGCCAUACGCUUCCAGCUAUGGCCGAGGUAAUCACUGGCAUGGCUGGUCAAACAUCCAUCACGUCUUCAUAUUCGGCGAUAGCUGGACGACGACUGGAUUUGAGAUUGACGAUGCCCAGCCGACUGUCGAAAAUCCUCUAGGUAACCCCGAUUGGGACCCACGAAACUGGCAUCUUGGUGCCGGUACAAACUGGGUCGGCUUCAUCACGGCAUGGCACAACGCCAGCCUGGUCCGAACAGUGGACCUGGCCUACGGUGGCGCAACCGUCGAUAUGGACCUCAUCCACCCUUUCGAAGAGAUACCACCGGGCAUGAGAGAUCUGGGCUAUCAGGUCAAUGAGCUCUUCAAGCCGAAAUAUGCCAUGCACCCAGACUACUUCGAUUGGACGAACGAAAACUCGCUGUUCAUCAUAUGGAUCGGGUUGAAUGAUGUUCACAAUGCAAACGUCAACAACUCGAUGAGAUUCGGCCAAGUUUUUGAGCAAUUUCGAAACCACGUCGAGCAGCUUUACGAAAUGGGCGCCAGAAACUUCAUGUUCCUAAAGAUCCCACCCAUCCAACGCUCCCCCCUCGCCGCACGCGAGCACAUGGUCGAGAACUGGACGUCCUGGGUCUCUGCCUGGAACACCAAUCUCACAACCCUUGUCCAAACCUUCACCCACAAGCACCCAGACUCCAUAGCCUUUGUCUUCGACACAUACAAGCUAUUCCACGACGUCAUGGAAGACCCAUGCUCGUUCGAAGCCACGUGCGAGUUCAAGGACGUGACUACAGCGUGUGUGUGGUAUGCUUGGGGGACGGAUGAGUGGAAUUCGUGGAAUGAGAAUUGCACGUAUAGGAUUGAUGAGUAUUUGUGGAUGAAUCCGAUUCAUCCUACGACGAGGAUGCAUAAUUUGACGAGUUUGCUGAUGGCGGAGGCGUUGAUGGAAGGGUGA